AUGGACAGUAAUGAAAAUGAAGUGCAGUAUAGCUAUAAAGUUGUUUUGAUUGGGGAUUCAGGUGUUGGAAAGACUUCGCUACUUACCCGAUUUACAAAAAACCAAUUUUCCUUUGAAAUUCGCUCGACAAUUGGCUUUCAAAAUGCUUUUCACGCUGUAGAAAUUGAAGGAAAAAUAGUAAAAGCAGAAAUUUGAGAUACAACUGGACAGGAAAGAAUAAGGCCUGCUAUGAAUCCAUUUUACAGAGGAGCAGUAGGAGCAUUGCUAGUUUUUGAUAUAACAAAUGCAGAAAGCUUUGCUGGAUUGAAUAACUGAUUAAAUGAAUUGUCAAACUUCGCAACAAAUAUCUCUUGCAUACUAUUGAUAGGAAAUAAAACAGAUUUGGAAAGUGAUAGAAAGGUUAGCCAAACCAAAGCUAUUCAGUUUGCGCAGAAAUUCAAUAAUAUGAUGUAUAUAGAAACUUCAGCGAAUACAGCGGAAAAUGUAAAUAAAGCAUUUGAGACGCUUUUAGGGAAUAUUCUCAGCAGCACAAUAAAAGCGAAGAAAGUAAGUGGAGGAGAGCAAUUAAAUUUAAAUGGGCCAGCAAAAAGAAUUGAAUUUGAGGAUAUGGUUGAAAAUGCCAGGCAUAGGAAGAAAAGGAAGAGACAUCAGCAAGAUAAUCCUCAAUGUGCCUGCGCCCUUGCAUGCAGUGUAUUUUAA